GUUGGGGAUGGUUUGUGUAACUCAAUUUCUGUAGCCAAUUUUAUGUUGAUCCAGUUACUGCAUAUAAUAACUAGAAAGUAUGAACAGUGGAUAUUUCUCUCGAAUGUAGGAUAGAUCUGAUUGCUGCGGAUGGUCGAUAUCGGUGCUUUUUUUGUUGGUGACUGUGCAUGAAGUUGAGUGUAACACAGAAAGUGCUAAAGUUUAUUACAAGUUUUAGUAGCUGCAACAAUUAAAGCAAAUGUCGUGCUGGUAUUUCGAGCGGUUUGUGCAGUUGUUUUACAGCGAAAAUUACGAAUUUUAAGUGAAAACAUUUACCCCAUCGACCGCAGCUGUUGUGGGUCCACAGUGCUGAAAGAUAAUAUUUUUGCUCGUCUACAAAGCUUGAAGCAUGCAGCACGGAUGCAAUUUCAAGUUUUGCAGCGAUAAAAAAAAUGAAUGCAAGGAAGGGAGUCAUCGGCCAGCAAUCGGUGCUGCACGUUUGCAGAGAAAAAUCUUUCUAGGAAUUGCCUUGAUGGCCGCUGUUGCUGGGUGAGAAUGAUCGAUAGGCGAAAUUCGACAGCUAUCUUCACGACCUGAGUUCUCUAUCCAGCGGCCAACUGUUUUUCCUCUCUUCGCUGCUAAACGAAUAGCAGUAUCAAAUCAAUGCACUUGUAAAUAGCAUCUAGUGUAGAGUAAAGCUUCAGCCAAUAGAGUGUGCCAAAAUGACGACCUUAUCGCAUCCUUAUAAAGACUGUCCGGAGCCUAAAGAGGUUCCUUCACAAUAUACAAGCGAUGUGGACGCGCUGUUUGAGUGGAUCAAACAGCAGCCACGGUUUCCACAAUACACCAGAAACCAUGCCCAUCUUUUUCUCCACGCGUGCCACUGGGAUAUGGAGAAUGCCAAAAAGGCACUGCAGAAGUACGCACACAUCCGUGCCACGGCACCGGAUAUUUUCGACAAUCGGGACAUUCUCUCGGGCGGAGUGCAGUUUGUGCUGAGCAUGACUCACAUGGUAUCGCUGCCGAAAUUAACACCGGAAGGAUAUCGAUUAUUGUGCUACCGCUUGUCCGACUAUGAUCCAUCAAGGAUGAACUUUGGCGAGGCAGUGAAAACCUUCUGCAUGUUUAACGAUGUCCAGAUCAGCAAGGACGGCCCAAUCGAAGGUUAUAUUGUUGUUAUGGAUAUGAAGGGCGUGCGGCUUGGUCAUCUGGCCCGGGUACAAUUCGGCCCGCUAAGAGUUUUCAUGCACUACAUACAGGACGCCCAUCCGGUGCGGCUGAAAAAGAUCUACAUCGUGCACACGGCUUCGUUCAUCAAUCAGGUGAUGGCACUGAUAAAACCGCUAAUAAAAUCCGAACUACUAGGGUUGCUGCACUUCACCACCUCCGGUCCGUUGGAUAUUUUAAAUGCUGAUGUGCUCCCAAAGGAUUAUGGCGGCCCACUCGCUGAACUGGCAGUCAUGCAUGCGGAACAGAAAAAGGAAAUCGAGCUCCAUUAUCGGGAAUGGCUGAUAGAUACUGGCGCUCUGAAGGAGGUCCCUAAGGAUAAGAGUAAUGGCUCGUCCAGUUCCAUAAAACCUCCAGUAAAAGGAUUUCGCAGCUUAGAGAUUGAUUAAAUCGGAUCGGAAUUGAAUUCGAAACGACAAGACAGGAGAGGACAUCGUGUUAGGAGUGUGUGAUAAAUAAUGAUUUUUUUGGUUGCGGAAUAUUCUAAAACAUGUAGUCGUAUAGUCGUGUCGUAUUGUUAUUGAAAUUUGUGUAUAUUGAAAUUAUGAUGAUUAUUUCAAAAAUAUAAAAUGCAUCAUGCGAACGGGUCCAGUAUUUAGUGUACUUGUUCUCCGGUGUUUUGAA